CGUAGUACGCAAGUCUCAUAUCCUGGCCUGGGGAAGGAAGGAAGGAAACGCAAGCGGGCUCCAGGGUUUGCGGCUCAAAGCGCAAAAUAGCUGGAAUAUUACGUUAUUAUUACAUCUUGUGUCUAUACAGAGAAAGAAUAGAGCGUAUUUGUGUGAACGCCGACCUUCUUGAAUAUCUGUGAGAGUGUAAGUAGGCAUGGUCUGGAGUCGUGGGAACUAUUUGAAUGCACAGCACAGAGUUAACACCGUGAGGGUAUCACCAUGAACAGAAACAAGCGUGAGAAAGAGUAUUACAGUAUAGAUGUCGGAGAUUCCACCUUCACCGUCCUGAAGCGCUACCAGAAUUUAAGACCCAUCGGCUCUGGAGCACAAGGCAUCGUGUGCUCAGCAUAUGACCACAUCUUGGAGAGAAAUGUUGCUAUUAAGAAGCUCAGUCGACCAUUUCAGAACCAGACCCACGCCAAACGGGCUUACAGAGAGCUGGUGCUCAUGAAGUGCGUCAACCACAAGAAUAUAAUUGGCCUCCUAAAUGUUUUCACACCGCAGAAAACACUCGAAGAGUUUCAAGACGUUUACCUGGUCAUGGAGCUGAUGGAUGCUAACCUGUGCCAGGUGAUUCAGAUGGAGCUGGACCAUGAGCGACUCUCCUAUCUGCUUUACCAGAUGCUCUGUGGCAUCAAACAUCUACAUGCAGCUGGCAUUAUACACAGGGACCUGAAGCCAAGCAACAUUGUGGUGAAGUCAGACUGCACGUUGAAGAUCCUGGAUUUUGGCUUGGCUCGCACAGCUGCCACUGGGCUCCUUAUGACCCCCUACGUGGUGACACGUUAUUACCGUGCACCAGAGGUCAUACUAGGCAUGGGCUACCAGGCCAAUGUUGAUGUCUGGUCUGUUGGCUGCAUCAUGGCCGAAAUGGUCAGAGGCAGUGUGCUAUUUCCAGGCACUGAUCAUAUUGACCAGUGGAAUAAGGUGAUCGAGCAGCUGGGCACACCGUCUCAGGAGUUCAUGAUGAAGCUGAACCAGUCUGUUAGGACCUAUGUGGAGAACAGGCCCCGAUACGCAGGGUACAGUUUUGAGAAGCUUUUCCCUGACGUUCUGUUCCCUGCUGACUCCGAUCACAACAAGCUCAAAGCGAGCCAGGCUCGAGACCUUCUGUCCAAAAUGCUGGUUAUAGACGCAUCCAAACGGAUCUCUGUGGACGAGGCGCUACAGCAUCCCUACAUCAACGUGUGGUAUGACCCGAGUGAAGUUGAAGCGCCUCCACCGUUGAUCACAGACAAGCAGCUGGAUGAGAGAGAACACACUGUGGAGGAGUGGAAAGAGCUGAUAUAUAAAGAGGUGCUGGACUGGGAGGAGCGCUCGAAAAACGGUGUAAUCCGUGGACAACCAGCUUCAGUGGCACAGGUGCAGCAGUGACCAGCAGCUCCCAGUGCAACUCCACAUCCUCCUCAUCCUCUGUGUCAACCGUCCUCGCACUGUCAUCUGAAUCAGAAAGCAGCUUGGAGACUGUGUUCUCCUCUUACUCCACCAGGCCAGUCGGCUGCUGCAGUUCCUCCCC